AUGGUGAUCUGUGGUCUAAGCAUUCCCAAGCCGCGCUCUCAGGCUGAAAAUGGGCCAAUGUGUAUCUAUCCCGCCAUCGACCCUCAGACCGCUUGGUCCUCGAAAUCGUACGCUGGGAAAGUCGUCCUCCUCACAGGCGCAUCCCGCGGUAUCGGGCAGACCCUCGCAGUCUUCUAUGCCAAAGCCGGCGCAAGCCUUGCACUCGUGGCGCGUUCCUCUUUGGUUGCUACAGAGAAAGCUGUGCGUGCCGACGCCCCAGAUGCGAAGAUAGCCAAGUUCGCUGCGGAUGUUACAGACUCAAAGCGCGCGAAGGAGAUCGUGGUGGAGACGGUGAAGCAGUUUGGGAAGAUUGACGUCGUGAUAGUAAAUGCCGGGGCUGCGAAUCCGCUUGGGAAGCGUGUUGGCGAGAUCGAUCCCGAUGCUUGGUGGUCUACGUUCGAGGUGAACCUGAAGGGCGCCUUCAACUUUGUAAGUCCGGCAUUGGAGCACCUCGAGAAGUCGAAGGGCCGUGUCGUCUUCAUGAGCAGCUGUACAAUGAACGGGCGAUGUGCAACAGCGUCUGAUUACAUGACUAGCAAACUCGCAAUCAGCCGUCUGGUCGAGUUCAUCGCACUCGAGUAUCCCACGGUACCUACGUUCUCCCUUCACCCCGGUUCCGUCGCGACAGAGCUAUCCUUGACCAAUGUCACUGACGCCAAGGCCGAAUGGUUCGAGGACAGUCCCCAACUAGGCGCCGGAGUGGCGCUUCAGCUCACUGCUGGUCGGUUUGACUGGUUGAGCGGAAAGUACAUUGACGCGACUUGGGAUCUCGGCGAGGUCGAGCGCGACUGGAAAGAGAAGAUUAUCGAGAAGGGCCCGUACGGGUCUCUCGUUACGAAGUUUGCCUUGCCUUGA